AUGCAACAGUUUUUGGCCUUGGGGACUCUUUGGACUUUGUUCAAUGUCGCUACCACAAUAUCGCUUCCAAAAUACACUUCAUCAAAAACUUAUUUUGCCCAAUCAGAUCCCAAUAUUCCUGUUUCACAGGUAGAUGAUACCAACAAUUUUGGUUUGAAAAGUCAAUAUUCUUGGAAUGAUGUUGUUAGCAACUUGGCCUCAAAUGAAAAAUUGUUCUUUUUGCAAAGACAUGGCCAAGGGUGGCAUAAUGUAGCACCAAGCAAUUUUUCUCGUGUUGAUUGGAAUUGCUACUGGGCUGAACAACCAGGUCGUGAUGGAGUAGUAUGGGAAGAUGCUGAAUUGACUCCAAAAGGUGUACAGCAAAUCGAAAACCUUCAUCAAAGAAUUAAAGACACUCCAGAUUUCCCUCAACCGGAGAAAUUUUUUGUGAGUCCCUUAAGAAGAACUUUACAAACGUGGAAUAUUACAUGGAAUGGGUUACCUCAUAAAACCCCAUUGAUCAAAGAAUUUGCACGUGAGAUUUAUGGAAUUGAUUCUGAAAGCAAACGUCACAGUAAAUCUUUUAUUCAGAAUUAUGUCCCUAGUUUUGAAUUUGAGCCAGGAUUCACAGAACAGGAUGAAAAUUGGUCGCCAGAUAAAUCAGAAAGUGAUCAACAUUGCGACUAUCGUGCUGCGGUUUUGUUACAGGACAUUUUUAAUGAUUCACCUGACGAAAAAGUUAUUAGUAUUGUUUUGCACUCAGGAAUCAUUUAUUGUUUGUUGGACGUUGUCGGUCAUCGGUACUAUCCCAUGUCUACUGGUGGUGCCAUCCCCGUAGUGAUUGCAAUCAAAGAUUCCAACACUGAUUAUCCAUUGAAUGAUGCUUGGGAUACUUUUAAAGAUUGGUGUCCUAAUCCACCAGCUCUGAUUUCUGGAACGGCAACAUCGACAGCUACUGGCAGUGCUUAG